GGAUGCUAAUCAUUUGCAUCUGUAUUGCGGUACCGGGCUGGAUAUGACUGAGCAGGUGGGGUGCGGCACAGGGGGCCCGGAAGGAGAAAGGAGAGGAGAUGAGGACUGAGUGGCUCCGCAUGUAGUACAGUAAUGCUUGCGCAUUGGCUUUGGCUUCAGAGGGAUCGACCAUGAAAAUGAAGAGCACAAGAUCGAAGACUGCCAACGUGCGCGGGCUCCUCUGUUCAAGCAGUUAUCGUCUUCCGCUGAUAAGCAGCAAGCGUGGUGACUGAGACGGACGGGAGGAAGUUUGGAGGCUCCCGACAAGGCGACAAUUCGAUGUGUAUGUGCCGUGGGGCAGCAGGAUCCGCCUCUUGGCCUGGUUGCAGCGGGAGAUCUCUAUUGGGAAAUUGAGAAUUUUCCGUAGUGUGUGCGGAAGUGUCGUUCUUCUGAAUCGAGCGAAGGGAGUUAUAAAGGAAGAUCUUGCCCUAUUCUUUGCAAUCUGAAGGCCUGAUAUUUCCUUUUAAGUUGAAGCUUGGUUUCCCAAUGUUAACCUAGAUCUGCAAGAACACGAUCUUGCAGUUUUGGACUUCGUCACAAUAUAUCACCAAAAUUAAUCAAGUUCUUGUAUUUGGAGAUAGAGAGGCACAAUCCAGGCUCCGCGCUCUAGAGAAAUUGAAGACCUUCUGGGGUUCUUAUCCAUGGAGCAGCAGCAGAGCUUCGAGGAGAGGACGAGCAAAGACAGCCCCGAGAAGAUGGGUGACAGUGCGCUCCACCUUGCAGCAAGGGCCGGAAAUGCUGCCCUUGUGCAGAAGAUCUUUGCGGACUGCGAUCCGGAGCUGGUCGCGGAAUUGACUGACCAUCAGAACCAGGACGGUGAGACAGCGCUGUAUGUUUCCGCGGAGAUGGGGCAUGUCGAGGUUGUGUGUGAAAUUCUGAAGGUUUGUGAUCUGCAUUCAGCAUUUCUCAAGGCACACAACAGCUUUGAUGCAUUCCAUAUUGCAGCAAAGCAGGGCCAUCUAGUUGUUUUGCAGGAGCUACUGAAGGCUUUUCCUGCAUUAGCUAUGACAACAAAUUCAGUAAAUGCCACAGCUUUAUACACUGCCGCACUUCACCGCCACAUUGGUAUUGUCAAUCUUCUACUGGAUACAGACCCAAGACUUGCCAGGAUUGCAAGAAAUAAUGGGAAGACAGCUCUGCAUAUAGCAGCAAGACUGGGCAAUGUGGAGGUGGUAGUGUUGUUGUUGAAUAAAGAUCCGGCGACUGUUUUCAGAAUAGACAGGAAGGGACAAACAGCAGUGCACAUGGCUUCCAAAGGCCACAAUGCUGAAAUUCUGCUUGAGCUACUGAAGCCCGAUGUCUCAGUAAUCCAUUUGGAAGAUAACAAGGGGGACAGGCCACUGCAUGUUGCAACGCGGAAGGGAAAAACCAUUAUAGUUCAGACGCUAAUAUCCAUUGAAGAGAUUGAUAUCAAUGCAAUCAAUGGAGCUGGAGAGACCGCUUUUGCCAUUGCAGAGAAACUGGGUAAUGAAGAGCUUGUAAACAUCCUGAGGGAGGCUGGUGGAGUAACCGCAGAAGAGCAAGUAAAUCCUCCGAAAUCAAUCAAGCGUUUUAAGCAAACACAUGAUGUCCAAUCGCAGAUCAAGCAAAAGCGUCGGACAAAUAUGCACUUCCACACGAUCAGGAAGAGUAGUCAAAAGCUCCACACUGAGGCUCCAGUCUGCGCUUUGGCAGACGCCAUGUUCAGACUUCCUGCAAAGCUCGAUGAGCUACUGAUUAGCCACGUCCACAUGCUUCCUAGGGGUGCGGAGGAUGAGAUACCUCUCAUCAAGCAAGAUCUGGAAGAGAUAAUGGCCAUUCUGCAGGAGCACGACCACCCAGGGAGAGCGGAAGACCGUGCUAUGACGAGCAAGUGCCUGACCAAGGAGGUGCGCGAGCUGUCAUACGACAUGGAGGAUAGCGUCGACCAGUACGUGCACGCCGUCGACACCAAGAGAAGGAUUGUUCCUCGCCGUAAAAAGUACAAGAUCACCUGUCGUAGGGGCAAGACCACUGCGCGGCUCCCGGAGAAGCUUAAGUGGCGUAUAUGGAUGGCCAACAAGAUCAGGGAGUUCAGUGUGCGCUCGCAAGAGGCGCUGCAGCGGUACAGCCUAUUUAACCACCCUGGUGCUCAUGGCAUCAGCACGUCUGCUACUUCUACGAGACAUGAUGUGUCUUUUGGCUCUUGGUAUCCCACACCGUGUGGGGAGCUUGUCGGUAUAGAUGGACAUUUGAAUACUCUUGAAGCGUGGUUGGGUAAGGAUGGGGAGCAGCAGCUCAAGGUGGUAUCUGUUGUUGGAUCUGGAGGGGUUGGUAAGACCACACUUUCCAAAGAGCUGUACCGUAGAAUCAGAGGGCAAUUCGAGUGCCAGGCAUUUGUGAGGACGUCCCGGAAGCCCGACAUCAGGAGGCUUCUCAUCAGCUUGCUCUCACAAGUCCGGCCACACCAAACCCCUCACACUUGGAAAUUGCAUAGUCUAAUUGCCGAUAUCAGGACACAUCUCCACGAUAAGAGGUACUUGAUCGUCAUUGAUGAUGUAUGGGCUACACAAACAUGGGAUAUCAUUAAUCGUGCUUUGCCGGCUGGUAAUCUUUGCAGUAGAAUUCUAAUAACGACAGAAGUCGAAGAUGUAGCUCUGAAAUGUUGUGGUUAUGACUCUAGGCAUGUUCUUAUGGUGAAACCACUUGGUUACGAUGAUUCAAGCAAAUUAUUUUUCAGCACAGCUUUUGGACUACAAUAUGAAUGUCCUCCAGAACUCUGUGACGCUGCACAUAACAUUGUGAGGAAAUGUGCUGGUUCACCACUAGCAAUGGUUACUGUUGCUAGUCUUUUAGUAAGCCAGAUUGGCAAACCAGAGAAAUGGGAUUAUGUAAAUGAAAUCUUAGGUCACGGUUUGAGCACAUAUCCUAGCUCGGAAGGAAUGAAACAAGUACUAAACCUUAGUUACAAGAAUCUUCCUCAUUAUUUGAAGGCAUGUGUGAUGUAUCUCAGUAUAUAUGAAGAGGGCUACAUAAUUCAGAAAGAUGAUUUGGUAAAGCAAUGGAUAGCUGAAGGUCUUAUCCUAGCAACAGAAGAGAAAGACAAAGAGGAAAUAUCAAGGAGAUAUUUUGAUGACCUUAUCAGUAGCAGAAUGAUCCUACCUGUAUAUACAAAUGACAACGAUGAUGUUUUGUCCUGCACACUGCAUCACAUGGUACUUGAUUUUAUCAAACACAAGUCCUUAGAAGAGAAUUUUGUCAUCGCAAUAGAUCAUAGUCAGACAACUGCACCACUCGCAGACAAGGUUCGUCGACUGUCUCUCCACUUUGGUAAUGCAGAAGCAACGCCACCAACAAAUAUGAGACUAUCACAAGUUCGGACUCUCGCAUUUUUCGGGGUCAUUGAGUGUUUUCCUUCCGUUAUAGAGUUUCGGCUUCUUCAAGUCCUAAUCCUACAUCUUUUUGGCGAUGAUGAAAGUGUCAGUUUUGAUCUCACUGGAAUAUCUGAGCUUUUUCGGUUGAGAUAUUUGCAUGUCACAUGUAAUGCCACCUUAGAAGUACCACAAACUCAGAUGCGAGGUUUACAAUAUUUGGAGACACUGAAAAUAGAUGCAAGAGUAAGUGCAGUUCCGUCGGACAUUGUUCAUUUGCCGAGCUUGUUGCACCUCAGUCUUCCUGUUGGGACAAAUCUACCAAAUGGUAUUGACCAUAUGACAUCGCUUUGCACACUUGAAUAUUUUGAUAUAAAUGUUAACUCAAUGGAGAAUGUGCACAGCCUUGGUGAGCUGACCAAUCUUCAGGAUCUUCGGCUCACAUGUUCUACAGUUCCUUCUUCUUACUUAAAGAGUAAAAUCGAUAGUAUGGGCUCUAUUCUUGCGAACCUCAGCAACCUCAGGUCUGUAACUCUGAAGUCUUCAGGUAUUCUGGAGAGUGAACCUUACAGCAUGAUCAUUUCCUGUGAUGGCUUGAGCAGCGUUUCCUCUCCUCCAGCUCUUCUUCAAAGAUUUGAGUGGUUGCCACGCAUUUGUACCUUCUCCAGCAUCCCUAAGUGGAUUAGCCAUCUCAACAAGCUCUGCAUUUUAAAGAUUGGGCUUAGGGAAUUAGUGAGCAAUGAUGUCGCUGCUCUGAGAGGAUUGCCUGCACUAACUGUUUUGUCGUUAUAUGUCCGAGCAAAGCCCGCAGAAAAAAUUGUCUUUACUAGGGCAGGAUUCUUGGUUCUCAAGUGCUUCAAGUUCAGGUGCAGUGUACCUUGGCUGGAAUUUGAGGUGGAUGCAAUGCCUAAUCUCUUGAAACUCAAGCUAAGUUUUGAUGCCCAUGGAGUAGAUCAACAUCGUACUAUACCUGUCGGCAUGGUGCACUUAACAGGCCUUAAGGAAAUCUCUGCAAAAAUUUGGGGUGCUGGUGCCAAUGAAAGAAGGGCUGCAAAAUCAGCGCUGAUUGAUGCUAUAAAAAUGCAUUCGGGAUGUCCCACCUCCAGCAUACAGUGUUUAGAUGGGAUGUUCAGUGGUAAGGAUGAUAAUAAUAGCGGGAUACAAGAGGAAGAACACUUGACUCUGCAAAAGCAAUACAAUAUCAAGGAGGAAGACUUGAUGGAACAGCAUAAAGUCCGUCAAAAAGGCACGUGCGAAGAUGCUCACAGAAGGUUUUCUGCAUUUUCAGAUUGGAAAGCUGUUGCGGACAAGCAACCUAACAGUAGAGUGCACCAUCCGUGCCGGGUUGGGAAGACGACCGGACUGUCAACAUCAAGGAAGUGGACAGCAUGGCUGAAGACAGAGACACAGAAAUACAAGAGCAUGGAUAAAGACUCCAAUAAACAGCAUGUCCGAGGUGGUAAGCGGAAGCGGGAGUACGGCGGGAUUUUCUGGUGAUGAGGUUGGCAUGCCAGACCCGGACCGCGAUGGCUACGAAUUUGACCCCGAGUUUGAGGUCAGCGCUUUCUUGGCCUAGUGAGAUUUGAUCAUCUCCUCGCAGGGGGCGGACGGGGCCACGAUUUGAGCACACGGAGGGCCAAGCCAUGUUAGUAUUUAUAUAAGGCCAUGCAUAUCCCAUGGUGCCUUGUUAUCGGUUCUAUGGGUUGCUCUGC